UAUUGCUCUGACAUAAAUCUAGAAAAUAAAAAAGUAUAACAUCAGUAAGUUUAACCAAAAUGGAUUUAUCAUUGGAAGUUGAGAUUUUAUCAAAGAAAGCUAAAGAUGAAGCAUAUGCUGGUAACAUUAAACAGUCAUUAGAGUUAUUUAAAAAAGCCUACAAGCUUUUACCAUCAGAAAAGCUCAAACGAAGAAUAGUUAAGUUAAAGGAGCUUAUGCUAAACAUGGAAAAUAGCAGUCAUGAUGAAAAUCAGGAGGGUGACAGCGAUAUGAUUGAUUUGGGAGAGAAUUUUUUACUCCAUCAAAGCAUUGCAAACCAGCUUUAUUCAUACCAAAAAGAAGGAGUGCUUUGGUUUUGGAAAUUAUACAAAAAAAAGAAAGGUGGAAUUUUAGGAGAUGAUAUGGGCCUUGGAAAAACAAUUCAAGUAAUUGCAUUUUUAGCUGGGAUGUUUGAUGCAGAAUUAAUACACAAAAUUUUAAUUGUUGCACCAGUGGCUGUUCUUGUAAACUGGGAAAAAGAGUUACAUAAAUGGGCUCCAGGUAUUCGGGUGAAAACAUUUCAUGGAUCCACUAAACUAAGUCGUUUAAGAAAUCUCCAAAAAGUGCAACAGUCUGAUGGUGUUUUAUUGACCACCUAUGGCAUGAUUGUUUCAAACUAUGAAUCAUUUGGCCGAGAUCAAAAUGGAGAAGAGUUUGUUUGGGACUAUAUUAUACUUGAUGAAGGUCAUAAGAUAAAAAAUCCUUGCAAAACCAGCAAAUGUGUGAGAAUGGUACCAGCUAAAUAUCAGUAUAUUUUAACUGGAACACCAGUGCAAAAUAACUUGAGUGAAUUGUGGGCACUUUUUGAUUACACUCAGAAAGGAACACUUCUUGGAACUGAAAAAACAUUCAAAAUGGAAUUUGAAAAUCCAAUUAUAAAGGCUAGAGAAAAAGGUGCAACACCGUAUCAGCAAGACUAUGGUAACCAAUUAUCAAUAAAGUUGAGAGAAAUUAUUGCUCCUUUUUUUCUUAGGAGAACAAAGGAUGAAAUUUUUUCAAAAAAUAUAGUUCAGCAAAAGGAAACUGAAAAAAAUUUAAAUAGGUUGAAAUCCAAAAAGUAUGAUUUAGUUGUUUGGGUUUAUUUGUCUGAGCUGCAGCAAAAACUCUACCAUGGAUUUAUACAAUCAGAAAGAGUCAAACAAACUUUAAUGUCAACACGAAGUCCUCUUGCAGAACUUCAAUUAUUAAAAAAGAUUUCCGAUCACCCACGCUUACAAUCUACUCUUUCAAAGCUUUUGACUGGUUCAGAGGAGCAUGAAACAAGAUUGAUACUGGGUAUUAAUGAUGAAACAGAAGAUGAUCUUGAUGAGGAAGAAAAUAAAGUUAAUGAAAGGGUUGAUGAUUUGUCUGUUGAAAGUUUAAUUAAAGACAGUGGCAAAAUGGUUUUUCUUGUUUAUCUAAUGGACAAUUUGAAAGCUGAAAAUCAUCGUACUGUUAUAUUUAGCCAAUCGAUAAAAAUGCUGGAUAUUAUCCAAAAAGUUUUAAGUGAGUUGGGCCAUUUAAUUUUGCGAGUUGAUGGCAGAAUGAAAAAUCCUCAAGAUCGAGAGAAUGUACUAGAUAAAUUUAAAGAAGAUCUAAGAUAUAAUGUUUUGUUAAUGACAACUCAGAUUGGCAGCGUUGGCAUAACACUUACUUGUGCAAAUCGACUUGUUAUAUUUGAUCCGAGUUGGAAUCCGGGAACGGAUGCUCAAGCAGUGGAUAGAGUGUAUAGGAUAGGUCAAGAAAAAGAUGUUGUUGUAUAUCGUCUAGUGACUUGUGGCUCGGUUGAAGAAAAGAUUUAUAGAAAACAAAUUUUUAAAAAUGCAAUCAUGAAACAAACAACAGGUGCAUCAGACAAUCCUUACAGAUAUUUUACAAACUUGGAAUUAAGAGAGUUAUUUAGUCUUGAUAAUCCAAGAGUAUCUACCACCCAAAUUCAACUCCAAGAAAUGCAUCCAUAUCGAAAGGUUUCAGAAAGUAUAGAAUUUGAAAGACAUCUUCAAUUUCUUAAUAACUCAUGCAUAUUUGGUAUCAGUCAUCAUGACAUGUUAUUUUCGCAAGAAGCAAAUAAUGACAACAUUGACCAUGAAAUAGAUAUUCAAGCAAAGGUUUUGAGUGCAAUUAAUCUAAUAUCUAGAGAAUAUAAUGAAUCCAAGAUUAAGUUGCCACAAAAAAAGAACCGAAAUAAUGAAACAUCUAACAAUUAUUUAAGUAAUUUAACUUCAACAACUAAUUCAGAUGAUCAUGCUACAAAAGAAUUUAGUGACGGAAAUUUAUUAACCGAUCAUUUAGCGGAUACCUCAAACCAUUUGCAAAAAAGUGUAUCUGGUUCUUCUACCUUAAGCAGUUCAGAUGAAAUAGAUGAUAUCAUGAGUAAUAUCAAAAAAAUGAACAUAAAAACUGAUGAAGAAAUUGCCUCUGAAGAGUUGUCUCAAGAUGGAAAAAUUACAACGCUUGAACCUGUUGAUGUGACCAUCAAUGAACAUCAACAUUCUCAGCACAGUUUUCAAAAAAAUGGAAGUUUGAAUGAAGAUGAUCUCUUGCAAAAAGAUGGAAAACUGCAUCAUGAUGAAAGCUUGCAUAAAGAUAAACACUUGCAAGAUAAUGGAAACCUGCAGGAAGAUGGAGACUUGCAAAAAGAUAAAACCUUGCAAAAUAAUAAAAGUUUGAAAGAAGAUAGAGGCUUGCAAGAUGAAGGAUGUUUGCUGCAAAAUAAAUCCUUUCAUAAAAAUAAAAGUUUGCAAGAAAAUUUAAAUUGCAGCAAAUUCAAUAAUCAGAAUCAUGUUGUUGGUACUCAACAUUUAGGGGAGGAUGUUGAUAACUGUAGCCUAUAUGAAGCUGUUGAUAUUGGUUGUGACCCAUUGUCAGAGGCUUCUUUAAAUAGUUCAAUAAUAGAUUUCAAGAUAAAAAAAGAUGGAGACGACAACAACUUAAUGGGGAAUGCGUCAGAAGAAAUGUUUUCUCUAAACGAUUCCCAAGCUAUUUAUAAUGGUAUUAGUUCAGAUUGUAACCAUAUUCUUGUUCCUGAAGUGUCUUUAACUGUUCGUAAUCUUGGAAAGUUAUAUCGAACUCCUCCAGUGAGCCCGAUGGUUAAAAAAACGCUGUUAGAUUUAUCAAUAGAUACAGAUUUUAAAAAUUUUAAUGAUUUUACUUCUACCAACAAAUCUCGUAUUAAAGAAGAACCUUUAAUAAAACAUACAAUAAAUAAGAACUUCAAUAAAGGAGGGCAAACUACAAGUACACCGAUUUCAGACCAAAAAUUGAACAAACUCGUUGACGUUAGUAUGCAAGAAUCGCACAAAAGUUUUAUUAAAAAUGAUUUUUUUGACGCAGAGUUAAAUAACGGAAAGAACGAUAGUAGCGAAAAUAACGUUUUUAGCUUACGUCUAAAUGAUAUAACACCUGAAAAAACAUGUUUAUUAGAAAAAGAAACUUUAUUUUGCAGUAAUAUAACGAGCUCACAAAACUUUAAUAUUGAAUCAAAAAUUAAAUCAAAAGAAGAUUAUACUGAAUGUUCUAAAGUUACUGAUUCAAAUGUAAAUAUACACUUAAACUCGUACGAUCUUGACUUCCUAGAAUAUGGAGUUUCGGGAAAAAGAACUAAUAAUAUAGAAAAUCGCAAAAAAGAAGCAAAUAUAAAAUCCAUACCAGAAAACAAUCAUAUGACUUUAUUAGAUUUUUUUAGUGACAAUGCAGAAAGCUUAGCAAUAAAUAAUCAAAAAAACACCUUGCCAUUAAAUAUGCAGUACGCCGAUACCUUACCAAUAAAUAAACCAGGUGUUGAGCAAAACGAUCCCUUGUUGAGCUUGAAUACUUUAUUUAUGCCAGAUAAAUUGAGUAAUAAAGUAACAAAACUUCAAUUAGCUGAUACGUUGCCAGUUGCAUUGAACACUGAGUCACACGUUAUCGAUGUAUCCAACCCCGAGUCACAUGAAAAAAGUAAUAAACUACAUUAUAGUAUAUUUGUUGAGAAGUCAUCCGAAAAUCAAAUGGACUUUUCGCCGUCACCUAAUUACUUAGCGUCUGAUAAUAGUUCUUCUUUUGAUUUCCAUCGUUCAAAAGUAGCCUUUAGUGCAGAAAAAACGAAAAGUAUUAUUGAAGAUUCUGAGUCAAACGAUGCAGCAACUUGCCAAAAUACGAUAGAAGUAUCGAUGCAUGAAAACAAGGAUGUAAAAAUUUGCGAAGAAAAAGAAAGUACUGAGAAAGAUAGUAAACUUGCGUUGUUAAAGAAACUCUGUUUAGAAAACAUGGGUAAUUUAGAUAUUGACGAUCACGUGCUCAUAAAAAUUGCGCAGCUUGCUAAAGACUUAAAAUUAGUUGAUGUCACAAAAUAGAAAAACGAAAUAUGGAGAUCUUAAUCAGUGAAGUCAAAAAUAUAGAGAAAUCUAACCGAAUGUGUAGAAAUGUUGUAGUGUUUUUAUCAAUUGUGAAUAAACUACUUUAAUCUCGGAAUUGAAAAUGGUUGACAUCUUAUACAUAAAUACUUUAAACACUAAUCACAUUUAUCAUUAUUUGUAACAAUUGUUUGUUAGUUUUUUUUUGUUAUAACAGAAGUUUUUAUUUUUUUAAAAA